AUGAAUGACUCCCGUGUGCAGGUUGGAGUAAAGAAACUCCCUAUGCACCUACAAAGUUCCCAAAAUCGUUUGCUCAUUAAAGGAGGGAAAGUAGUCAAUGAUGAUCGUAUGUUUACUGCUGAUAUAUAUAUUGAAGAUGGGGUUAUUAGACAAGUAGGUAAUCAGCUUUCGAUUCCAGGGGGAGUCAGAAUCAUUGAUGCAUCAGGAAAGAUGGUCAUCCCAGGUGGUGUUGAUCCUCAUACAUGCUUUGAUUCCUCUUGUUUUGGUUUGAAUACGUCAGAUGAUUUUUAUUCUGGCACGAGAGCAGCACUUGCUGGUGGAACUACUACAAUAAUCAAUUGUAUUGUACCUACAAAAAUUUCACUUUUGGAUAUGUAUGAAAAGUCCCGUCAAACAGCAGAUUCCAAAGCGUGUUGUGACUAUGCGAUGCACUUUAUCUUAUCCCAGUUCGACCCCAAAAUAUCCAAGGAAAUGGAACUACUAGUCAAAGAAAAGGGAGUGAAUUCUUUUAGGGUUUUCUUGUCAAAUACAAACGACAUGCUAGUAGACGACGGUGAUUUCUUCGAAAUCGCUAAGCGGUGUAGAGAUCUUGGUGCUGUUCUCCAAGUUCAUGCAGAGAAUGGAAAAUUAGUUAGGAUACUAGAGUCGAAAAUAUACAAUGAUGGUAUUACUGGCCCAGAGGGUUACUUGUAUUCACACCCAGAAAUGGCGGAGAUUGAAGCUACACAUCGAGCGCUUUCUUUAGCUGAUGCUGCUGGUUGUCCUCUAUAUAUUCUACAAGUCACUAGUCCGAAAGCAGCAGAUCAAAUAUCAGAAGCUCGUUGGAAUGGAAAUGUUGUUGUAGGUGAAACAUUAGCCGCUGCACUGGGUGCUGAUGGUACUCAUUAUAAGAAUAGUUGCUGGCGUCAUGCUGCGGGAUAUGUUCUGUCUCCUCCACUAAGAGUAAAUCCGAAUACUUCAGAUAAGUUGGUGCGUUACGUCUCCACUGGGGUUCUAGAAUGUACUGCUAGUGGCCAUUGUGCUUUUAAAACUGAACAGAAAGCUUUGGGAAAGGACGAUUUCCGAAAAAUCCCUCCUGGAGUCAAUGGAGUAGAAGAUCGAAUGUCAGUUGUUUGGGAGAAAGGAGUGAUGUCUGGUUUUAUAGACCCAUGCAAGUUUGUUGCUGUGACUAGUACAAAUGCCGCUAAAGUCUUUAAUCUCUAUCCACAAAAGGGAAGGAUCGAUGUUGGAAGUGAUGCUGAUUUGGUUAUCUGGGAUGGUGAUGCAACUCGCACAAUAUCAGCGAAAAAUAACCACGAAAAUGUUGACUUCAACAUAUUUGAAGGUCUCCAGUGCCAUGGCGUACCUGUAGUCGUGGUCGCUGCUGGUCGGGUUGUUCUGGAGGACGGAGAACUUAGAGUAACUCAGGGUGCAGGUCGUUUUGUACCGGCUUUACCAUUUUCACCGUAUAUUUUUGAGCGAACAAAAAGACUGGUGCUGAUGCGUUCAGUCAAACCUAUAUUUCGUGAUUCAUAUACUGGUCCUGUGUCCACAGAAUUCACUAUUCCAAUGAAAGAUGCCAUCGUUAAUAAUGGUACAGAAAAAGUCUCAGUGGGGUCUGAUGCUGAUGGCUUGCGCCCUCGCUCACCUACACGUUCGGGUGGUCGGAAUAUGCAGGAAUCCAGUUUCUCUCUGAGUGGCGCUCAGUACGACGAUAGUCGUCCGAUUCGCACGGGGAUUCGAACCAAACAACCUCCGGGUGGGGCGUCAAACGCCUUAUGGUAG